CAUUAGCUCGAGCUAUACAUAGCAACUUAUUUUGAAGAUUAAAAAUGAGAAUGUUAAUAAAGAAAGUGGCUUCGGCCUCAAAUCUAUCGUUCAUUCGGUUAAGCGCAAUAAGAUUGAGCUCCAGCGAUUCAAAAGCCAAGACUCAAGAAAAAGAAAGUCCUAAGCCGGAGCUAGAGGAAGCAGCGGUAAAAAAAAAUAUUGUAGUUGAAAAGUAUGGUGGUAUAAUGACUCUGAACAUAGACCGUCAGACGACUCGCAACAGCCUAGACGAGCCCACACUGCGGGAGAUGGCUGCAGCCUUAGAUGCAUUCGACAAGGACGCCGAGGCUAAGGUGCUGGUGUUCAACGGAGAGGGUGGCUCGUUCUGCUCCGGGUUUGAUAUGGAUGAGAUGAGCGAGAAGGGAUAUUAUGUGCUGAAAGAUGCUGCUUCCCGGUUGCUGCGGCGCCCUCUAUGCGACAAGCCAACAAUAGCCGCCGUCACCGGCUUCGCUGUAGCCGAGGGCUUUGAAUUAGCGCUGGCGUGCGACCUGCGGGUCAUAGAGGACACGGCUGUUAUGGGGUUCCUCGGCCGUAGGUUCGGAGUACCCUCAACACUGUACGGUGGCCGCAGACUUACAUCUCUCAUCGGUCUGUCACAAGCUUUAGACUUGCUUAUGACCGGCAGACUCGUCUCCGGGACAGAGGCCCACCAGAAAGGCCUGGCUGCUAAAGUCACCGCUACGGGCACAGCCCUAGGAGAAUCAAUAAAGCUGGCCAAGUCCAUAUCGAAGUUCCCCCAAAACGCGCUCAUGAUGGACAAGUUGGCUGCGGUCAACUCUCAGCUAAACCCUAAUAGUGAGGAGUCUAUGCGGGACGAGGCGGUCAUGCAGAGUCUACUGGGCGCUGCUCUGGAGGACUUGAAGGACGGCGUCAAGAAAUUCCAAGAUGGAAUCGGCAAGCACGGGAAGUUCCACAAUCUGACAGAGGUGCCGGUAGAAGAUUGGGAGUUGGAAAACACGGUCGAAGAGACUGUGGUCACGCACGACGUUGAUAAGAAGAAAUGAACCUUACGCAGCUAGUGUGAAGGUCUGUUAUGCGUUACGAGGAUGGUUCAUCUGGAUGCUAAGCAAAAAUGUGUCAA